AUGAGCACUUACGCUACGACGCCGUCGAUACGGCACGAGGGAGGGGCGAGCGGGGACACCUCAAUACCCGGUCAUCGGGGGGGACUGUUAGAGCGGGGCACGCGCGCCCUCAUCGAUAUAUAUAUACUUACCCGUCGAAAUCUAUCGAUAUCGAUAAAGGCGCUCGCGCCGGGCCCGCACUUAAAUCGCUGCUUAGACACUAAUAUGAAGCACGUCGAAAACUACCUCCGGCCAAGUGUACAAAACUGCGAUCCCUACGUUCCAGAGGGCGCCAUGAGCCCCCGCCAGUUCCAAGCCAAAGCGUCCCAGGAAGAAGUCGGUUCAGAACCGACCCGCCCCGCCUUACCAUAUUUAAAGUUAACUUUAACGCGAACACCGCAAAUCUACAACCAUAAAUCGUACGUACGC